AUGGGCCAGAACAACAAUGUCACAGAAUUUAUCCUCCUAGGUCUCACUCAGGAUCCUGCUGUGCAAAAAGCAUUAUUUGUGAUGUUUUUAAUCAUCUACAUUGUGACAAUUGUGGGAAAUUUGCUCAUUGUGUUUACAAUUAUUUCCAGUCCCUCUUUGGGCUCACCAAUGUACUUCUUCCUUGCCUGCCUUUCACUCCUGGAUGCUGUUUACUGUAAUACCAUCUCACCCAAGUUGAUUGCAGACUUACUCCACGAUAAAAAGACCAUCUCCUUCACAGCUUGUAUGGUCCAGCUCUUUGUAGAGCAUUUAUUUGGUGGUACUGAGGUCUUCUUUCUGGUGGCAAUGGCCUAUGAUCGCUAUGUGGCCAUCUGUAAACCACUGCACUAUUUGACUAUCAUGAAUCGACGGGUCUGUAUCCUGCUAUUGGGAGUGGCCUGGACAGGAGGUUUUGUUCACUCUCUGCUUCAAAUUCUCUUUGUUUAUAACCUUCCUUUCUGUGGUCCCAAUGUCAUUGACCACUUCAUGUGUGACAUGUAUCCAUUAUUGGGGCUUGCAUGCACUGACACUUACUUCAUUGGUGUCACUGUGGUUGCCAAUGGUGGAGUAAGCUGCAUAGUGGUCUUUAUCCUUCUCCUAGUCUCCUAUGGAAUAAUUCUAAACUCUCUCAGGACUCAUAGUCAAGAAGGGAGACGUAAAGCCCUCUCUACCUGCAGUUCCCACAUCAUGGUAGUUGUCUGUUUUUUUGUUCCCUGUAUUUUCAUGUAUGCCAGACCUGUUUCUAACUUCCCCAUUGAUAAAUCUAUCUCUGUUUUUUAUACUGUUAUCACUCCUAUGUUGAAUCCUUUAAUAUAUACUUUGAGAAAUUCAGAGAUGAAAAAUUGCAUGCAAAAACUCUGGCAUAAAAUUUUAACUACAAAUAGAGUAAGAAAUUAUUAG